AUCGAAAAACAAUCGUUAUCAAAUUUGAACGGUUUAUUAUCAGUAAGAACAAACGAUAGUGGAGUUAUCUCAUCGUUUUAUUAAAGUGUGGACGCCCUUUGUGCUGUGUAAAAAUAUAUAAGGAUUAUUAAAAAUGACGGACACUGGAGCCGUGACUUCAGCGGUCGCGCAGCCGAAACAAAACAUCAAACUAAUCAACAAAUCCGAAGCGGAAUACAAUAUGAAGUCUAUAAGGUUUCUUUUGUUGACAAUAACGAGUAUGUUCCUGGUGAUCGGCGGUUUGAUGAUAGUGUUGGGUAUAUCGGUAUACUCGCAUUACCACAGUUUCUCGUUCCUAUACGAGAGCGCACGGCACGGACGUUUCCUUACGCCAUCCGUCAUGUGUGUGUUUAUCGGUCUCGCUCUCUUCGUCACAUCCUUCUUUGGCUUCUUCGGCAGUCUUAAAAGGAGUACGUGUUUGGUGAACUUGUAUGCCCUGAUUCUUUUGAAAAUUUUAAUUGUCAAUUUGGUAGUAGUGAUUUUGGCUUUUACUAAAGACUUUGAUACUAUCAGAAGCUUCAUCCAUGUUCCUGUCUAUCAAUAUGGCAACGAUGCUGAAGUUCAGGCUGAAAUCGAUGUAAUGCAAGUCUCGUUGAACUGUUGUGGGAGUGAAUCUUUCCUCGAUUAUGGAGACGUCGAGUUCACAAAUAACCAAACGACUGUGAUGGUGUCUCAAGAAAUGAAUGGUGAGCUGGUGACCUUGCGAGUGCCCGCCAGCUGCUGUGCGGUAUCUGGCGAGACUUAUUGCGUUCGUCUCCGUGGCACCAGCUGCAGAAAUGCUCUUACCAUAACAGUUAUACAAAACGGGAAUAUUUUAGGAGUCUUGGGUGUUUCAGUCAUGUUUAUAAAGUUGCUGGGUAUCAUAUUCGCGUUGCUACUGGCCCGUUGUAUACGCAAGAUGAAGAGCGAACGUGCUAUGAUGGCUUGGAAGAUAAGGGAGCAGCUGAUAUUGGGACGACGGGAAGAAGAAAGCAGAACAAACAAUUCUCUAUAUAUUAAUCCACCAGAGUCGAGCGUGGCUUAGAUCUAAAAUAUGCAGUUAUUAAAGAUGGUAUAACAUUAAAAUAGUUUCAUUAUCUAAUUUACAUUAUAUCCAAUACUUUAAAUCUAAACUUUUGCAUAGAAAAUUAAUUAAAGGAGUAUCUCUAAGAUAAAACACACAAAUAUUUGUU